AUGAAUUACGAAUUUGAGCGAGAGAUUGGUUUUAUCAAUAGCCAGCCGUCGCUCGCUGAGUGCCUGACAUCUUUUCCCCCUGUCGCUGAUACAUUUCAAAGUUCAUCAAUCAAGACCUCGACGCUUUCACACUCGACACUGAUUCCUCCUCCUUUUGAGCAGACUAUUCCCAGCCUGAACCCGGGCAGUCACCCUCGCCACGGCACUGGCGGCCGCGCCAAGCCGAGCCCCGCGGGCAGCCGCGGUAGCCCGGUGCCCAGCGGCGCCCUGCAACCGCCCGAGUACCCCUGGAUGAAGGAGAAGAAGGCGGCCAAGAAAACCGCGCUGCCGCCCGCCGCCGCCGCAGCUGCCGCCGCCACCGGCCCUGCUUGCCUCAGCCACAAAGAAUCCCUGGAGCUCGCCGACGGCAGCGGCGGGGGCUCGCGGCGCCUGAGGACGGCCUACACCAACACGCAGCUCUUGGAGCUGGAGAAGGAGUUCCACUUCAACAAGUACCUCUGCAGGCCGCGGAGGGUGGAGAUCGCCGCGCUGCUGGACCUGACCGAAAGGCAAGUCAAGGUGUGGUUUCAGAACCGCAGGAUGAAGCACAAGCGGCAGACCCAGUGCAAGGAGAACCAGCACAGCGAAGGGAAAUUUAAAGGCCUCGAGGACUCGGAGAAAGUGGAGGAGGACGAGGAGGAGAAGUCGCUCUUCGAGCAAGCCCUCGGCGUCUCGGAGGCCCUUCUGGAGAGGGAAGGUUACACUUUUCAGCAGAACGCCCCCUCUCAGCAGCAGGCUCCCAACGGACACAAUGGCGAUUCCCAAAGUUUCCCAGUUUCGCCUUUAACCAGCAAUGAGAAAAAUCUGAAACAUUUUCAGCACCAGUCACCCACUGUUCCUAACUGCUUGUCAACAAUGGGCCAGAACUGUGGAGCUGGCCUAAACAAUGACAGUCCCGAGGCCCUGGACGUCCCCUCUUUGCAAGACUUUAGCGUCUUCUCGGCAGACUCCUGCCUGCAGCUCUCGGAGGCAGUCUCGCCCAGUUUGCCGGGCUCCCUCGACAGCCCCGUAGAUAUUUCACCUGACAGCUUUGACUUCUUCACAGACACACUCACCACAAUCGACCUGCAGCAUCUGAACUACUAA